AUGGAGCUGGAAGACGGAGUUGUGUACCAGGACGACCCGGGGACAUCAGCGAUGAUGUCUGAGCGGGUAUCGGGCCUGGCCAACUCCAUCUACCGCGAGUUCGAGAGGCUCAUCGGGAAAUACGACGAAGACGUGGUGAAGGAGCUGAUGCCGCUGGUCGUGGCGGUGCUGGAGAACCUGGACUCGGUGUUCGCGGAGAACCAGGAGCACGAAGUGGAGCUGGAGCUGCUGAAGGAGGACAACGAGCAGCUCAUCACCCAGUACGAGCGGGAGAAGGCGCUGAGGAAACAUGCGGAGGAGAAGUUCAUUGAGUUUGAGGACACGCAUGAACAGGAUAAGAAGGACCUCCAGAACCAUGUGAACAGAAUGGAGUCCCAUUCGCGGCAACUGGAACUCAAGAUCAAGAACUACGCGGACCAGAUUGGCAGGUUAGAGGAACGGGAAGUGGAGGUCAAGAAAGAAUACAACUCCCUCCAUCAGCGACACUCAGAGAUGAUCCAUAACUAUAUGGAGCAUGUGGAGAGGAUAAAAAUGCAGCAGAUAAGUGAGACUUCAGAGUCGAGCGCAGUCGUUCGAGUCAGGAGAGAGCGGCCUCUCUCUUUGGGGAUCUUCCCAUCACCCAGCGGAGCGUCGGUGCUCAUCCCCGACUCCCAGGCCAGGGCAGAGACACCGGGCACAGAGGGCUGGAGAUUCCACCACCCAGCGUCCAACAGCUGGUUACUGUUUAAGCUCACCACAUUUACACACACACACAUACACACACAAACACACACACACACACACAGUCAAUUGAUAGCACUGAUCCAUUCACAUGCACACUUUGUUGCGUCUGCAUUUCAUCGAAACUGCUUCUGCACAUGUGAGCUUCAUUCUUACUCUCCCCCCCUCCCCAAGCAGUUGGACUUUGUCGACCCCCCAAAGCCAAGGGAGGGUAAGAGUGCGCAGGACUCUCCUUGGGGGAAUUCACUGGCAGAUGACUGCAAGGAUGAGCUGUCGGACCUUGCUGGCUCUAAGUCAGUCACAAUGUCCACAGCCUCCGACAUGGAGAAGGGAGAUGGGAACAGUAAGAGCACAGAGGUGCAGGCUGCCCCGGGGACCAGGUCCAUACUCGUGGGUUUGCCUGAAAAGGAGGAGAGUUCAGAUGUGCAGGACAUCAUUGAGACCACCCCUGAGCUGGACAUGGAUCUCAUUGGAUUCAAACCCUGCAGUACUCCUACUAAAGGCAUUGAGAACAUGGCAUUUGACCGAAACACAGACUCCCUGUUUGAAGAGCUGUCUUCUGCAGGCACUGGGAUGAUUGGGGAUGUGGAUGACGGGGCCGACCUGCUGGACCUUAGUUUGAUUGGAAUGGGCCGGGAAGUUGAAAAUCUCAUUCAGGAGAAUUCACAGCUGCUUGAGACAAAGAAUGCUCUGAACGUGGUGAACAAAGACUUGAUACUGAAGGUGGACGAGUUGACCUGUGAGAAGGAGAUGUUGGAGGGAGAGAUGGAGGCCGUGCUGCAGGCCAAGACCACGAUGGAGGACAAGAGCAGAGAGAUGGAGGAGGAGCUCAAAAGAGUGAGACUGGAGAUGGAGGAAGUGAAACACAAAACUAAAGAUGAAGAAGAUAGUGACGUGCCGACGGCCCAGAGGAAGCGCUUCACCAGAGUGGAAAUGGCCAGAGUGCUGAUGGAGAGGAACCAGUACAAAGAGAGACUGAUGGAGCUGCAGGAAGCUGUGCGGUGGACGGAGAUGAUCAGGGCCUCGAGAGAAAAUCCAAAUCUCUCGGAAAAAAAGAAAUCCAGCAUCUGGCAGUUCUUCAGCAGACUGUUUAGCUCCUCCUCCAGUUCCCCUGCUAUAAAGAAGGUGGAGUCCCAUUCCAACAUGAAAUACAGCGCCCCGGGCAGCAUGGUGAAGCGGAGCAGCACCUUCUCCCAGUUCCCAACCGAGAAGUCGAAGACGUUUGACUUCCUUAAUGAAGAGAAGGACCAGUGCAGCUCGCCGUCGCGUAAAGAGCAGAAGAGAGCCCAGUACAGACAAGUGAAGGCCCACAUGCAGAAGGAGGAUGGGCGAGUCACUGCACACGGCUGGAGCCUGCCCAGCAAAUACAAGGUGGCAAAUGGUGGACAAGUGGAGAACAAAAUUAACCUACCGGUACCAGUAUACUUGAGACCUCUGGAUCAGAAAGAUGCUUCUAUGAAGCUGUGGUGUGCUGCAGGGGUCAGCCUGUCUGGGGGAAAGACAUUAUCGGAGCUCAUGAAACAGACAAAGGGUUCUCAGAGUAGUCUGGACCAGUUAGAGCAAGAGAGUAAGGAUCAGGAGAAGGGGGAGCAGGAGAAGGAGCUGGUCCUUCAGGAAGAGACAUCCAGUAGGGUGUGGGUGUGCACCAGCACCCAAUCCUCCACCAAGGUCAUGGUGCUGGACGCCAUUCAGCCCUCUGACUUACUUGACAGCUUCUACGCCUGCAACACCCACGUCGUCUGCAUAGCCAGCGUGCCAGGUGUGUUGGAGACGGAUGACUCGGCAGGUGAAGAUGUACCCCAAGACCUUGAGGCUAGCCAAGGGGACGUGGAGUCACUGGCCGGAAGUGUGGCCAGUGCGGGCUCAGCAGGCAGCGACGGUGCCAUGGCAGCAGAGGGGACCACCGCCAUUCCCCAUACAGCCAUUGCAGGUGUCGCGGAUCAGCCGGCUGAGCACAGCGGCAUCGCUAGCUCAGUCGAGCUGUCCACAACGACCAGUCCAGCAGAAGACAGCGUUCUUACAGCAGAAGAGGCAACGGAAGCAACGGAGGCGAACGCUGGCGUGGGCGAAGAAGGAGACGAGGACCAGGAGGCGGAUCCAAACCAGCCAGGAAUCUACACGGAGCAUGUGUUCACCGACCCACUGGGGGUGGGACCCACAGACUCUCCUUCUGCUCACACUCAGAGGGGCUGCGGACAUGAUGGCGAGACUUCCUUUCCAGGAGACUCGGACCCAUCAGAUGGUGAAGUCCUGAGGAUGAGCAGCGCACUUCCCACCAUGUGGCUGGGAGCUCAGAAUGGAUGUCUCUAUGUGCACUCGUCUGUGGCUCGAUGGAGGAAGUGUCUCCAUGCCAUCAAGCUGAAAGACUCCAUCCUCAGCAUAGUGCACGUUAAAGGGAGAAUCCUGGUGGCUUUGGCUGAUGGGACAUUAGCAAUCUUUCACAGAAGCCUUGACGGUCAGUGGGAUUUAACCAACUACCACCUGUUGGAUCUGGGCCGGCCUCACCACUCCAUCCGCUGUAUGACAGUAGUCCAUGACAAGGUGUGGUGCGGUUACAGGAACAAGAUCUAUGUCAUCCAGCCGAAGGCCAUGAGGAUAGAGAAGUCGUUUGACGCUCAUCCUCGCAAGGAGAGCCAAGUGCGGCAGCUGGCCUGGGUUGGAGACGGCAUCUGGGUGUCCAUCCGACUGGAUUCAACUCUGCGCUUGUUCCACGCCCACACCUACCAGCACCUCCAGGACGUGGACAUCGAGCCCUACGUCAGCAAGAUGUUGGGUACGGGUAAACUGGGCUUCUCCUUUGUGAGAAUCACAGCUCUGGUGGUGUCCUGCAGCCGACUCUGGGUAGGGACAGGAAACGGCGUCAUCGUCUCCAUCCCGCUGUCUGAAGCCAACAAGACGGCGGGAAUCGUGCCAAAUCGUCCCGGCAGCGCUGUACGGGUUUACGGGGACGACGGCUCAGACUGCGCCGUGCAGGGCAGCUUUGUGCCGUACUGCUCCAUGGCCCACGCCCAGCUGUGUUUCCAUGGACAUCGAGAUGCUGUCAAGUUCUUUGUCACGGUGCCAGGUCAGGCGAUGCCCCCUCCAGGCAGUGCAGGUUCAGGCUCUGACGACCCUCCAUCUGAAUUCUCAGACGCAGCCACCUCUGAGCCUAACACGUACCUGGUCAUGAGCGGAGGCGAAGGCUACAUUGACUUCAGAAUGGGCGAUGAAGGCGGUGAGUUGAACGGUUUAUCAGAGUCAACGGCCAGCCAGCAGUCACCUCCUACCAAGGCCGAGCAGAGCCACCUCAUUGUGUGGCAGGUCGCAACCGCCCAUGACUGAAAACAAGACUGUUGUGUCAACGCCAGGGCCGCCCACCAAACAGCUGCAUGUCCUUCUCAAAGUUUUUUAUUUGAUAUUAUUGAUUGUUCUUAAUGCUUGGGUAGUUUACUACUUUGUAAAAAAACAACAAUUAUUUUUAGUCCAUGUUUUGUACAGUUUAUUCUUUGUGAGUUUGAAUUAGAUACAGUGCAGUUUAUGUUAACUUUAAGAAUCCGUCCACGUGUUCCCAUCUGCUGGGUUGCAUGUUGGAAAGCUGGUGUGCAAUGGAGACGGGCCGAGUUAACUGGAUGUUGAGGGCAUAGUUUGAUCAGGUAAUGUAUGGAAGUCGGUCUCCAAAAUGCUAAAAAGAUGGGAAAUAUAAAAGGGAAAAGCGCUUGAAGCAGUUUUGCAGUCAUUGAAAAGGAGCAGAAGUAUAUUUUAUACGACACAAAUAAGACUUUUACAUUUGUAAAACCACAUGUCUGUAUGUGUGUGAACAUCAGGUGCGCGUAUGCAGUCACUGAGUGUUUUUUAUUAUAUUAAGCAUUAAGGCUGGGUGUCAGAAUAUGUUCCUCACAAGUCAAAACUUAUCCAACAUUUUUAAAAGGUUACAUUUAUUGAAUGUGUGACCAGAGACCAAUUACCAUACUGUAUGGUCUGAUUAUUAGAAAAGCUAUUUGCACCUAGCAAAGCUAUUUGCACCUAGCAGUGGUUAAUUCAAUGUGCUUUUAUUCAGCAAAGGUUGUAGGAGGCUGUGUUCAUAUUACCACUGAGCCCUAUUCCCCACAGGUUUAUGUUUUAUAACAUGAAUAAAUGUCUCAGCAGUUUGGGUCCUGCUACUGAAUAGAAGAACCGGCGUACUGUACUACAGGUUAGCAUAAGCCUGCAUGUGUGUCUGUGUGUGUGUGUAUGUGUGUGUCUGCUCGGACGUUUUCAAGUCGUGUGAAGGAAAUCUGUCUGUGUCUCGGUGCUUCCUGUUUGCUUCGGCUCAUUGGCACUUUAAAAUGUGAAAUGUUAGUCGCUUGAGGUUUGGAAGAACACCCGUAGUAAUGCACCCGGCCAUACUGCGCGCUCACCGACUGGAGGGAACAAAAUGUACAAAAAUAUCCGUUGCGAUGUGUCACACCCUAGUAACCAAAAGCCCCGUGAAACUGACCCGAUUUUUAUUAUUUUCAUCUUUUCCAACAAAAAAACGUCUCGUGAAUCUAAUAAUUUGAGGGUAUGCAUGUUCACUGCGUUGCCCUUUUGGGAAAUAAGCUUGAAGAAGGGAAUCCGUGUUUGUUUCACCGACUAAUUCUAAUGCACUAAAGGGAGUCUCUCCUGAUCGCUUCAUUCCUUUUGUUGUUACAAAUACAUUUUGAGGCCUGGAAGGCAAUUAUUGUCAUUGUUUUGGUUAUUUUAGGGCGUUUUUGAAUUGAAUUUUGAAUUCAUGUGAGACACUUUUAUUAAGUAUUGAUGACUGUAACAGAUCACAGGAUACCAAUAUUAAGCAGGUGUUUUAAUUUGUUUUUAUAUCUGAAAAGUUGGGCCAAGAUUGGUCUUCAAUCCAUUACAAAAUAGGAACUUCUAUUUUGUUUUUUGCCAUUCCAGUAUUUAUUUCCUUUGUCAACGAGCCAUCUCGGUUCAGAAUGUAACUUUCUACAUGAGCUAAUUAAAUUGGGAGGCUAUUGUAAACAAAAUAGUCCAAUGAGUUUACGUGAUUGUUAAUAAUGGUCAAAUAAAAGAAAUGAAUGUCAUCAUGUUGGACAUUUUUGAUAAACCAUGAAAUUAAAGUGUGCAAACUUAAUGUUUUUAGAACAACACAUUCAUGUACUAAGCUAUGCAUGUUUUUUUUGUUUUUUUAAGAGGACGUUGCUCAGUUUUCAGCUAAAUAAGAUUAUUGCCACCGUUCUGGGUGGGGUGGAUGUCUAUACGUGUCUUUGUGUGUACAGUACAUGUGUAGGAGAGCGAAUGCAAGACGCAGAUUGUUCAUGUGUGUUUGAUUUGAAGUGUGUGUGUGUGUGUAUGCUCACUGUAUGUCCAUCUGUACUUCAGAGACUGGUCACAUUUACUCGUUCUCUGGACGUGGUUCCUCCUGGUCAAUGUUUGCUAAAACAGCAUCAUAGCCUUAUUUUUAACAAUCUAUUAAACUCAAUUUCAUGGA